AUGACGACCAGGCAGCGCUAUAAAGGGCCGAGCGGCCCCGGCUCGCUCCUCUGCCACGCCGCCGAGAUCCCCAGAGGGGAAAAACGUGGCACUGAAGAGGAAAAGGAGACCAAGACCAAGUGGCAGCUGGAGCGUGAGCAGAAGCGCCCGGCAAGGGAGGGCAAGUGUGACCUGGUGGGCUGGUGGGAGAAUGACCUGGGCUCCAAGAUGAAUGUGUCCAAGGUUGACAGCCAGGGCAACUUCUCUGGCAUGUACUACACUGCUGUGUCAAGCACCCAGAAACCCAUCAAGCCGUCCCCCCUCGUUGGCUCCCAGCACCUGGAUGAGGACGGGCAGUGCACCUUUGGCUUCACUGUCAACUGGACCUUUUCCGACUCCACAGCUGUUUUCGUGGGACAGUGCUUUGCUGGGAACGAAGGGGAUGAGGUCCUGCAGACCUCCUGGCUGCUGCGUGAGAAGGUCAGCUCCCUCCCCAGUAACUGGAAAGCCACCAGCACUUGCUGCAACACCUUCACUCGGAUGGGCUGA